GCCAUCACAACGAUACGAAGAAUAAAUAUUCUGCUCACUCAACGGUCGCUCGUGUGUUUCGCCCCCAACUAGUGCUUGCAUCAUUUUCCCAAUGUGCUCGGCCCCUAGCAUUGCCGUUUGGCUCCUCUUUGCAGCGAUUGUGCUAUCUAUCGUGGCUGUCUCGGUGUCGUCGUGGUCGUACUCGUGGACGUCGCAUGACACGAGCUUCACCACGGGCGUGUGGGGCUUUUGCGUUGACGUGGCCCGCGCGCCCCUGAACUCGACCGACAUCACCGCCUCCCCCCCUCCCCCAUCCAUCGUAACCAAGUGUUUUCCAUUUCACUCUGCGUCGGAUGGCAUUGUGGUCAACCAAACGUCUUUCGUCGAAGCCACGGAGAGCGUGUGCUCGCUGGAUCGAAACGGCCACACGUUUCGCAACUUGGUGGCGCUCACCCCGGACGCCCGCACCACGCGCAUGUACAUCGAACAUUCAUGCGGCAGUCUCGGCUGGGCCAGCCUCAUCUUGGCGGCGUUAGUGCCAGGGCUCAGUGCAAUUGCGCUGGCCUUCUUGGCAGGAUUCUACUAUGCAGGGUACUAUCGGCCCAAGUGGUACCUGUUGGUAUUUGCCACCGUGUUCACGGGGUUUGCGUUUGUGAGUUCGAUUGCAGCGUUUAUCUUGUGGUCGAUCCAGGCCCCGUCGGGUUUGGCCUUCGGGGCACCGUAUUACCUCGAGCUUGCGACGUUUGUCGUGCUAUUUCUCGCGAUGGCGGCGACGAUGUACGGCUGCCGAGUGUUGGGGGACCAAGAUCACCAUUACGAUGGAGGACGUCGGGAUGCCACGAUGGCCACCUACGAGCACCACCUGGCCUCCCCUCACGGCUCCCCUCGGACGAUCGAGGUCAAGUAACGACAAAUAAUAAAUCUUGCACGUG